AUGGAGGAGAAGAAGGGGAAGCCUUUUGUAUUCCCUGUGAUGAAGAAGUCCAUUGAGGAGUUGUUUAAAAAUGGAACAACAAGUAAAGAUGAUUUGGAACGGUUUCAGGAAAAGUACUGGGAGCAGAUGGUGCCGAAUUUUAGUCAAGCUCUUAAACUACUGGAUAUUCACGACGUUAGCCGGCACAGCGUUCUCUGGAACAUAAAUGACCGCCUGUUGGAGGCUGUCAAGUCACGAAUUCAGGCAAAAGCAAUGGAGAACAAUGAUGAAAAGAAACAGCAAAAACUGUGGCAAAAACUCAUUCGUACCGGAAUGGUGUACAUUCACCAUCCGUACAUGCGCUCUGCCAUCAUGAUGGUUCUUGGUCAAAUGAAUUCAAUCAAAAGUAGACAUGUGUCUCUGAUCAUUGACAACGACUACCUAUACAAGGAUGCUCCAUUACCGGUUCUUCGGCACAUAUGGAUGAAUAAUCAAAACAAAUUCAAAGAGGAGAUGAUGAACGUCUUGCGAUUGUACCAAACUUCUAUAUCUGAUUCUCUUCUUGAUCCUUUACUUUCCUCUAUUACUUCUGCCAAUGCUGAUAUCCUACCUAUUCUCUACUGGCCGCCUCGUCGUCGAAGACGUGAUCCGUCUUUGAUAAAACUAGUUGAAAUGAUAGGGGAAAAUGAAACGCUUUAUGACAAGGCCCUUGAAAUCCUUCGGGAAGAAAACAUAAGGUGUCAGGAAAUGUUGGAAAAGUCGACGCACAAGAAACUCUCGACUACUGGCGAAAUAUCGUCUUCGAAAAGACAGACUGAAUCUUCUCCAAUCAAGAGUGGUAAAUUUAAUUUUCAGAAGAAAGACGAUGGUCCUCCGCAUUUCUUCAUCUCGCCCGCUUUACUGCCGACGUCCCAGUCUCUCGCAGCGGCUCUUCUCUGCACUAUUCGGUUUGAUAUCCUAAUGAGCUUUAAUGAAGCGAAGUUGGAUCGUAUUUGUGUAACCGAUCCGAUUCAUCACUUUGUUUGGUGCAUGGAUGCUUGCAUUAAAAGCAAGAAAAUUGAUUUUCGUCAUGCCAGUGAACUGGCGUCACACUUGAAACGUCACCGAAAGCGCCAGCCGACUCAAGUUCCUUCACUCGAAAUUGGUCUAGACCAAGACACAUCCGACGAUUGGGUGCCUGAAACGGAAGAAAAGUCCAGCGGUCGGAGAAAAGCCGUGGAUUUCAAGUCUUGUCGGCCCCAACGCGCGGGAGAAAAACGAACAUUUAGUAUCCUUAACGAGGAUGAAAAUACUGAACAAGCAAAGUCGGAUCAACCAAUCAGCAAUUUCGAACGGGAUAUACAAACUGUUUGCCGCGAUCCCUGGGUUGUCUAUACUGUAUGCUCGUCUUUAAUUCGACUUGUGAUAACGGGCCUCUAUGAGGACAGGUCACCCAGGAAUAUACCGGAAGUGCCAUUUCUGGUGCACCUCUUAAUGCUGGGAUUGGGAUGCGAUUUGACCCCUCCUGAAGUAGCUAGCGCAGACCCCCCCAAAUUGGAACCGAGAAAAAAGCGACCUCGCAAGCACUCAACAAGUGAGCCGUCUGAGGCACAGCCUCCCAAACCCGAUCCCGCCACUGUCCUCAUCACGCAGGUCUUGCCCGCGGUGGCCCAAUUGCAUCUAGCCACCUGGCGCAGUCAGGUCUGUGAGGAAAUUCGAAAUUCCACGAAUAAGCUUUGGCCUAAAGGUGGUGCUACCGAUUCCGGUCCGCAUCCUUGCCCACCUCCGUCGUGGAAACGCCGUCUCGAAGCUGCUGUGGCACCGCCAGUUUCCGUGCCCCCCACUUACCUUGCUUCUCCGGUGGGCCACCUUUUCCUCCAGUACCAUGCUCUGUUCGCACUCGAACGGCGUGAGUGGACGGUGCUUCGAGCCCUCUUGAAAGCGGCUGCUGGCGCUGCGCAGGUCCUGUCUAGCAAGGGUUCUCGCGCAACGAAGACCCCCGCGUCGCCACCGGCGACGAGUCCCACACAAUCCCAGUUGACCGUUGGCUUCCGCUGGCGUCCCGAGUGCUUACAAGCGCUCUCUCUAGGCAUCGCGUCACUUCCCGUGUCUUCGGAGGAGUCUGGGGCUAAUGCAGGUGCGGUUUCAUCAACUGGUGCUUCGGAAUCGGCUGUUUCCGAGAAAACCUCCUCAGCAGGUACCGACUCCCAGCCCUCGCCAGUCCCCGGAAUAUCUCUAAGUAGCAGUCCAUCUUCUGUGGUAACUCGUGCGGAGUUGGCAAGCUUACUUCGUGCCAGCCUGCCCUUGCAAAGUGAUCUACAACUCCUCGUUCUCGCUCAGUCUGCAAAACUAGUCUCCUCCGCUGCCCCUUCAACCACUCCGGGCUCUACUGGCCCAGCAACUCCGAUGCCUAACUUCUUCGCAUCUACCGAACUCACCAUCUCAGCAAAUUCACGAAGUGGAAGCGAGCGUGAGCGCCUUAUUAAUACUCUUUCACGCCAUGUGGAGUAUCCUCAACAAGAAGGCGCUAAGGAGGAGUGCGUGGUAGCGUCUCCACCACCAUCUGCUGGUUUCAAGACGUCAAAUCCAAAGGUCUUGGAGGCACUGGAGUGGCUUCGACGUGACCUUGAACGAACAACAUCUGGCAACUUGAUCCCGAUGAUGUCGACGUCGAAGUCGUCAUUUGGAAAGCCCCAGACACCAUUAUCCGGGCCUCUCAGCCCGUUGGGCGGAUUGCAACACCACGGUGGAGGUUCCCUUGCAUCACCAGCCAGAUUGAUGCCUCCGCCCACGCGCUUCAUGAGUUCGUCCAAUGCAGGUCGCCUAGCCGCGGGGAGCCCCAGGUCCUUCCCGGUGGCUACUCCCCUCACGAACCCCGGUCUCUCAAUGCCCCCUCCUACCCACCUCCAAGACUUCUACCCUCACCACCUCUGA